AUGGACAAUUUAAAUAUACUCGAUUUAUCUGAUGAAAUUUUAUUCAUCGUUCGUAAAAAACUCAAUAUGGUUGAUAUUCUUUACUCGCUUGUGAAUGUUAAUCAACGAUUUGAUCGAUUAGCACUUGAUUCUCUUUAUGUUCGUGAACUUAAUAUGACUACUAUCUCGACUAACAGUUUAUUGUACGAUCAAAAUCCUACAAUAGAUACUCAAGUUCUUUCAAAAAUUUGUGAAAAAGUCUUACCUCGAAUUCAUCAUCAAAUACAUAAACUCACCGUUGAAGAAUAUUCAAUGAAACCAAUUCCUCUUGCUUCCAAUUAUCCUCAACUUUAUUCGUUAUCACUUAUAAAUUUUCAAGAAGAAACACUUUAUCAAUAUUUAACAAUUGAUUGUCUUUAUCUACUUGAUGAACCUCUCGUUUGUUUAUCAACAUUAAUUGUCAAUGUAGAACAAAUUUCCCAUCUACUACCAGAUAUUGACCCAACAAAAAAAUUUCCACAAUUGAAACAUUUUUCAUUCACGACAUUCGAUCGCGCAUCUGAAUAUGAUACUCAAAUUGUUCCAUUGCUUAAUCGAAUGAUAAAUCUUGAAGAAUUGCAAUUAUAUAUAUCAGUUGGAAGAUAUGACUCGAUUUAUAUUGAUGGUUAUCAAUUAUAUGAUCAAUUUCUUAUCUAUAUGACACAAUUAAAAAAAUUUACAUUUAGUAUUACGAUAAAGGUCUGCAAUAAGAACAUUAACGUUGAACUCCCGUCGAAUUACGAUAUUCAACGUAGUUUCAUCGGAAGAGUUUAUCACGAAGUAGCUUCAUAUGUUAAUACUAAAUCAUUGCUAUACGACGGCGAAUGUCAUAUCUAUUCACUUCCGUAUGCAUUUGAAUAUUUUACUAACCUCAACAAUUCUUUUCCAGGUGGCAUGUUUCAUAAAGUUCGACAACUGACGAUGGAUGAUAUAAUUGCUUUUGAACAUAAAUUAUUUAAAAUCAUCUCUCAAGACUUUCCUUUUCUCGAACUCCUAUAUGUAUCUAAUAGUUGUCCACUAAAAGACAAACAAUAUUCGUCCUCAACAUUAAUUACAUUUCCUUAUCUCACAUUUCUUGAUCUCACAUGGACACACGUUGACUACGCAGAAUUGUUUCUCUUGAAAAAGAAUAUUGAUCUACCUCGUUUGUUAAAUCUCUCCGUGGAAUACAAAUCACUGACAACCAUAACAAGUAAUUUUACCGACGAUGCAACAUAUUUUAAUUUCGAUAAAUUGAAAAAUCUUGAUGCAUGUGAACCAUUUGAUCGUCCAGAAAAUUUUCACCAAUAUUUUCCUUUGCUGUAA